AUGCUGACCAGGGUGACGCUGGCAGAGCAGGGGCUGUACAAGUGCGUUGUGGGGUACGGCACCCAGCCGAAGCAGGAGAGACACACCAGCCUCCACGUGCUCGCUGCCCCGACCAUCUCCAUCCCAAACCAAGCGGUCGAGGCCGGCAGAGAGACCUCCCUCCCCUGCCACGUGGAGGGCUUCUACCCCGAGGACGUGGACGUCGCGUGGCUGAGAGACGGGCAGGUCCUGAACGCUACCACCUACUCCAGCCCCCAGAGGAACCUGGACGGGACCUUGACCCUGACCCUGACCUACACUUUCACCCCAGCCAGGAGCGACGCCGGCACCAUCUUCUCCUGCCGCGUCCACCACCCGGCUCUGGAGCAGCCGCUGCAGGAGGAGAUCGCCCUGGAUGUCAUAGGUGAGACUCCCCACUACACGGUCUCCCCGGUGCAGAGCCCGGAGCGGUGUCUGCUGGGGAAGGAGGUGACCCUGCGCUGCUCCGUGGUGGGGGAGCUCACCCAGGGCAUGGUCGUGACGUGGGUGCGGAUUCGUGGCGAGGACAGGAUGGCAAUUGAGGAUGACGAGGACACGGAAGAGAGCCCAGAGCGUGCACUGAUGUUACACACCAGCCCCCGGGGCUGGAGAGCAACGCAGCACAGAUCCAAAAACCAACUCAUGGCCUACCUGACCUUCACCCCCACGGUGCAGGACGACAGGGUGCGGAUCAGCUGCUGCUUCCAACGCGAGGCCAAAGGGAUCAAAGAGGAGCAGGAAUCCUACGAGAUCCGGGUGCGGGCCCCGCCGGAGGUGUCCGAGAUCCGGGUGCUACCACGGUGGGAGCCCCCGGAGGAGGUGCCGUUUGCCAUCCACAUGGAGAACUUUUACCCCAAGAAGAUCCCCAGGGUGGAGUGGAGCCGGGAUGGGGAAGGUAGUGGGAGACAAGAGCUUGCCCAACAAAGCUCCAACCCAGACGGCACGUUCGCCGCCACCAGCGUCUGGAGAGUGCCCAGCCGGAGCCUGAUCCGCCCGGAGCUCCGAGUGCGAGUGUCCAUGCAGCAAAGCCCCGCAGAGAUCCCGGUUUGGAGAGAGCUCAGCCUCAGAGAUGCCGGUCUCCUGCAUCACCCAAAGGUGUUGGACAUCUCUGGGCCCAAGCCGGGGACCGCAGAGGGGGAAGUGGCCCUGAGCUGCCGCAUCCUGGAGCAUUUCCCAGGGGAGCUGCGAGUGACCUGGCUGCGGCGGGGCAGGGGGGAGGCUGCAGCGGUGACCCUGCAGGACACAGCCGAGUGCAGGAUCGAGCCCGGUACAGCCAUCUCGCAGGACGGGAAGAGCUUCCAGCAGGAGACGCGACUCACCCUCUCGAGGCCCGGCGACCCGGAGGACGAGUACAUCUACCGGGUGGGACACGCGACCCUGGAGACCCCCAUCGAGAGCAGCAGCACUUGCCGUCGGCGACCUCCAGCAAUAGGCAAGAUCUCCCAGCCGCUGGUGCUGGUCCCCGGGCAGCCGGCGACGCUGCGGUGCAUGAUAACAGGUUUCUACCCCAGCCAGCUGGCCGUGACCUGGCUCCGAAAGGGAGCAGGAGACAAGGAGCCCAGGUGUUUGCAGGGCUUGGACACUCACAACAUCCACACCCCCGAACCCAGCCGGGCGCCGGACGGGAAGUCCUACAGCGUGGAGUCCGAACUGCACUUCACGCCCGCGGGGCCCGAGGACAACGGGGUCGAGUACCAGUGCCAGGUGCAGCACGAAACCCUCCAGCAGCCAAAAUGCAGAUCCACUGGGCAGCUGCAGCUCCAAGAUCCACGUGGGCCAGCUGUGAUGCCAGGCCGAUGA